UAGUUGUUUAAGGAAAAUAUAUUAUUUACAAUAUUAAAUAUACCGGAAAAAUAAUUAUAUGUAUGUGACCGGGUACCCAUGGGGCGGGUUUACCUAAACCAAACCCAAACCCGGUGAAUAGUGUAGCGGGUUUAAAUCCACACCCAACUCAAAACCCGUCAACACUAAUUUUACCCGUAUUAACCGGAUUGGGUUGGGUGGGUUCGGGUUUUGUACUUUUGUUGCCAUCCCUAGUGAUUAUAUGUGUGUGAGCGGGUACCCAUAAGGAGGGUUUACCUAAACCCAAACCCAACCCGGUGAAUAAUGUAGCGGGUUUAAACCCAAAUCCGACCUAAAACCCGUCAACACUAAUUUUACCAGCGUUGACGGAAUUGAGUCGGGUGGGUUCGGGUUUUGUACUUUUGUUGCCAUGCCUAGUGAGGUGAGGGCUUCGAAGUUAUGAGUUGGAGACGCUCCACGGUGAUCCGACCUGGCGAAGUGUGUUAUGGCAAAUUGGCGACACGUAGGAAUCAAUUGUACACGUGUACGACACGCCAGGAAGGGGAAAGCGACUUGACAUGAAAGGGAAAGCUUCCAUCCUUGUGGACCUUCCUGUGGGUAGAUGUGUGUGGUGGGCCCAGUCAGACUGGGCGGCUCCAAGCCUCCCUGUCACCUUCACCACCACAAUACUCGGCCCACUAAAAUUGUCACAAUCCCAACUCUACCCUCCUCCUCUUUUCUCUUUCUUCAACAAUUUGUUACAUUUCGUGAAACAAAAUAAAAAGCUGUUAAUAAAAAUCAUAUUGAAAAUUGAAAAUACUCUCCCAUCUGAUUACAUUAAUAUAUCAUAAACUAACCUUUAAUUAACAGAAAAUACCAAAAAAAAAAUCCAUAUGUUGAGAUAGCUUUGUUUUUAUUAUCUUACUUAUGUAGGGUUGUCAAGAGGAGAUGCAAUGACGAUUUACCCCCUCAAACUCUUAUAGUGCCCGAGGCAUAACUAGCUGGGUUGUUUAUGACAAUUGCCAAGGCCUAAUUUAUUUUUCGUUUCCAUAAACGUUUCGGCCUGCUUUCAGCGAUCCAGCUCCUAGAAAAAAUAUUUUAUAAAAAAGCCCACAAAGCUAAUAAGGUGGAAUAAUAAAGAAAAGAAAAGGCCUCCUUUCCUCUCUGUUAAGCAUCGAGAAUCACCGAAAUGACGACAUGAAAUAUAAUCAAGUGGCUAAAAGCAACGGUCCCACCCACCCAUAAAAUAAGACUCGCCACACUGUACUAUCUCUCUCUCUCUCGUAGAUAAUGACGAUAAACACGUCACAACCUAAUCUCCCCCCCCCCCAAAACAAAACAACGAAAUGAGAACCACCCCAACCAAGCUCCGUAAUUCCGCCGAGCUACAGAGGACAUUCUCGUCAAACCAGGCGCAAAGAGAAGAGUUAAAUUAUUAAAUUUAACAAAAUAAAAAAAAAUAAAAGUGGAAAACUUCCCAUUUCCCUUUCCAUAAAGAAAUUGUUUCAUACGCGUCUCUCUUGCCGACCUCUCGAUCUCUUCUUCUCCUUCAUAUCCUUUCAUUUCCCCAUCCCUUCCCUUCUCCCAUCCCCUCUCCUCCCAACCCUCUCUCUCUCUCCAGCGAUCCAGCUCUCGCCGUGAAAUCUUAAAUCCACGAAAACCCACCGCCACAAUCGGCCGGAAGAGGAAGAAAAGCGGAGGCGGAGAAGAAGGAGAAGAAGAAGAAGAUAUGGCGCAGAAGACGGAGAAAGAAGAGACGGAGUUCAAGGCACCCGAGGCCUUGACCUCCUGCGUCAACAACUGCGGCGUCACCGGGAACCCCGCCACCAAUAACAUGUGCCAGAAAUGUUUCACGGCGACCACCGCUACCGCCACCACCUCCUCCUCAUCGGCGGCCUCCUCCCUCGCCACUAUUCUGAACGGCUCGUCGCCUGCAUCAUCAGCGACCACCACAACGGCGACGACCUCGAAAAGCCGAGUUUCUGUCGACACAUCACCGAGAUCUAGCUUUUCUCGGUCCCCAGCGCGAGAUCUGCCUCCGGAGACGAGUCCGGAUGCGGACACGCCGUCAGAUCAGGAGAAAUUGGCCCUGGCGAGGAAGGCCGUGAAUCGUUGCUCCGGUUGCCGGAGGAAGGUCGGGUUGACCGGGUUCCGAUGCCGGUGCGGGGAGCUCUUCUGUUCGGAGCACCGGUACUCCGAUCGCCACGACUGCAGCUACGAUUACAAAACGGCCGGCCGGGAGGCCAUCGCGAGGGAGAAUCCCGUCGUCAAGGCUGCCAAGAUCGUUAGAGUCUGAUUUGGAGAAAAAAUACAAACGAUUCCAGGCGAAUUCAAAAACGAAAAACAAAAAAAAAACCACAAAAUGAAGAAUCGAGAUCGACUCUCUCGAUCUUUGAAGCCUGUUCUUUUCUUUCUCUGCAGGCAGAACAUGGAAAGAGAUAACAGAGAUUGAAGAAAGAAAGAACUCCCAGGGGAUCGAUGCUCUGAUAGAUCCGCCAUUUAAUUCUUUCUCCUGCGAGUUUCGGUCGUCCAAAGCUUCUAUAGGAAUUUUUUUCUUCCUUUUUUUUUACCUCUUAAUUGAAUCUUCUUCUUUUUCGCUCCUUUUAAUUUCAGAAUUCGAAGAUUAAUAUUAUGAAUAUUAUGGAUUAAUAUUAAGAUCAUUGUGAUUGUGUGUGUUUCCUGAUACUAUCUGGUUCGUUCUUAAUUGUGUCUUCCUCUUGAUUUGGUUUUGAUUAAUUGUUUUCCAGUUUCUGGGUUAGAGAGUGGCAUCCCGUUGUAAAUUCGAGGAACUUGGCUGGGCUUUUAAGGACAGAAAAGACGCGCAGGCCGAGAAAAAGGAAAGAGAAUGGGGCAUGUGAAUAUGUGAUGUUUGAAACUUUCUUCUCACGUAAAUAUCGCGAGAUUUUGUUUGGGGGUUGAGUGCGGAGGGGAAAGGUCCGAAAAGUAAGGCAGAGCCUCACGCGAUAAGUUUUACUUUCCUUUUUCAAUUGUAUUAUUAUUAUUAUUAUAUUGCACAUGAUUGGGUUCUGUUAAUGUGUGGUGUGGGCUGGAAAGAUGGGGAAGUACUGCCACUAAGAGGUCGCCACGUGGAAUUUUCCCUGAAGAAAAAUUAGGCUGGCGCUGGGACCUUGUUGCGUCGUUGUACAACCGAGUUUCUGUUGCGUUUUUGGUCGAAACAAGAAAAUUUAGAAAAAAGGAGGGGGGAAAUUAUUGGUAAGAUGGACGGUGGAGAUCUCGAGAGCUCGUAAUCGGCUUGUGGCUGCUGGUGGUGGGUUUCAUUUGUUUAUGUCCUUUGGAUGCAUUGAAAGGAUGGCUUACAAAGAAGGAAAUAGAAAUACAAAGGUGGGAUUGGGCCCAAUAGACAGAUGAGGAUGAGUUGGAUGGAUUCUUAUUGUGGUCAUCGGAUUUGAGUAAAAUGUCAUUUUGCCUUGCAAUUUUUUUGUUAGGUCAUUAGGUGCCGUGUUACAACUUACAAUGUUGAUCCAGAUUGAUGGUCUGGUUUCAGCGGUACAGAGAAUGAACCAAACAUCGGAGAAAUAAAUAUAUAAAAAAAAAAUCAAUUAGUUAAGGAAAUAUUCUAGGCGACAUAAGGUUGAACCAUGGUUAUGAAAUGGAACUAGGGGGAGUGUGAUUCCGUGUUUGUAAGACCAUACUGAAUCGCCGGUGUGAUUGUAAAAAUCUUCUAUUGAAGUCUAGAUGGUUUUUAACGGUAUGAAAUGCUUGCGGAAUGUGGAACGUUUUCGGUAUAAAACAACGAGUUCAGUAUAAAAUAUUAUACCACUAAUCUUUUCGGUACAAUUUCCUAUACAGUUAUAUAUGGUUGUGCACGCAUACAUGCAAUACCUCUAUGUGGAUGUAGCUUUCAAGCUUUUGCUUCUUUCUGAGUUGAAAUGGUAAAACUUCAAAGUUUUCCCAACUUGACGUUUUUGUUUGAACAGAUUAUUUUAAUUAAUUAAAUCCCAAAGUUAACCAAUUGUUGUCUUCCUUCUUUGUAAGAGUGUUCACAUUGAGGUUACACCAUUUGCGAGGGAGCUCUGAUUUAUACCUUUUAUGUUAAUUGUGUCAUAAUCUGCCGCUCAAUUAGUACGAUAUUGUCCGCUUUGGGCCAAGUCCGCACGGUUUUACUCUUGGGUUUCCUCCCCCAAAAGGUCUCGUACUAAUUGGGCUAGGUGGACCCCAAAAGGCCUCUUCCCUUGUAUUUCCGAUGUGGUACUUGGAUUGUCCCAUAACAAUCCUCCCUCAAGACAAAGACCACGAACUUCGUGUCCUCACCUCAACAAUUAUCUUAAUCCGCCAGACACCUUGUAUCGAUGGGCUUCUCAAUACUAGGAUUUUUUCCCAGACGCAAAACUCUCUUUGAUCUGCCAAAUCAAACGCGGAUCUCAAUUGAUCCGCCAAACCAGAUGUAGCCCAAACGUUAAUCUCUCAUGGACCCACCAAACAUACGCGAAUCACAAAUCCCGAGAUCACCGAAUGAAGGUCCCACCAAACUGAAGUCCACCGCCCCGAACCAAACCAGGCUCUGAUACCACUUGUCAAACAUCGGGUUGUUCAACUAGUACGAUAUUGUUCGCUUUGGGCCAAGCCCGAUGUUUGACAAGUGGGACAAUCCAAGUACCACAUCGAAAAUACAAGGGAAGGAACCCUUGUAUAUUAGUGUCCACCUAUCCCAAUUAGUACGAGGCCUUUUGGGGAGGACACCCAAGAGUAAAACCGUGCGGGCUUGGCCCAAAGCGGACAAUAUCGUACUAAUGGGGCGACCCGAUUUUGACAAGUGGUAUCAGAGCCUUGUUCGGGGGAUUGGGGGAGGUGGACAACAAGUUUGGUGGACCCUCGUUUGGUGGCCUCGGGAUUUGAGAUCUGUGUCUGGUUUGGUGGAUCCACGAGAGAUCCAUGCUUGGCCUACAUCUGGUUGUCGGAUCGAGGGAGGUCCGCGUUUUUCUGGUGGAGAGAUCCACGUCUGUUUGGCGGAUCAAAGAGAGUUCCGCGUCCGGGAAAAUCCUUGUACCGAGAAGUCCAUUGAUACAAGGUGUCUAGCGGAUCAAGAUAAUCGCUGAGGUGAGGACACGAUGUUCGUGGUUCUUGUCUUGAGGGGAGGAUUGUUAUGGGACAAUCCAAGUACCACAUCGGAAAUACAAGGGAAGAGACCCUUGUAUAUAAGUGUCCAUCUAGCCCAAUUAGUACGAGGCAUUUUGAGGAGGACACUCAAGAGUAAAUCCGUGCGGACUUGGCCCAAAGCGGACAAUAUCGUACUAAUUGAGCUUACCGGUUUCGACAAAUUAUAUUUACGUAACCCUUGUUUUGGUUGUCUAAUUCCUUGCUAAUUGAUUGAUUGAUUAGGAUAUAUUGUGUUGAGCGGCCGCUCUAGGUCUAGCGUGGUGUUUCCUUAGUUGUAAACUGUUAGCAAUUGGCUACAAAUUAAAUCAAGAUCAUUAGG